ACCUAACCGUCUUCUGGUAGAUGGAAAGGCUUUCCCAAAAACCUUCUCAAUUAAAUGUUAACUAGCUACAAAGUAGUCAGUCUUUGCCUACCUGGAAGAAUUAUAUCAUGAUUAUUUGCAUCAAUCCAGUGGCCAUUUGUUUUGUAAACAACAUCUCAUGUCAUGUGCUACAGAAACACUGCUAACCAAACAGCAGUGCUAGGUGCCUUACACUUAAAUUAAACGGUAACUACACAACAAAGAAUACAAUUCCCAGACCUUAAAGUGGUCUCCUGAUGUGGUUUAAGCAUUGUUAUGGACAUAGAACAUCCAAUUUUGUUGUUUUUUCUAUUAGAAAAGUGUGACUGAGAGUGAAAACCUGAAACAUUUUUUACAAAUCAGAAACCUGCAAAUUUCUGCCUCAGUUGACAGCCUCAUUUAUCUAUUUCACUAGUAGGCCUACUUGGACAGUACAGUUUGGGUUUAUAAUUGUAGGUAAUUCAGAGUGUACGUCACUGUUUCUCAUAGACAUUUUCACACAGGGCACCUUUCCUUCAUCGGGCAGGCUGUUUGGGAUUUAAUUUUUCUCAAUUCGAGUAUACUCACUUCUCCAGGCACCACUACGUGUUGUUAUCAUUGAACAGCUAACAAAGAAAUCUGUGAAUAUCACUGUGGGAUCAUUCAGUUAGAAAUAAAACAGUAUCUGAACUUUGCACCUUCCAGAGCUUUUUUGUGCUUUAUUUUGCAGCCUUAGCUAUUUUGUGGAAUUUUAUUGUUUGUCAAUGCAGUGAAGGUAGCCUACCCAUUUUCAUACUUUUCCCGAUUUCCUCCAUCUCCGCUACAUCUACAACAUGAGAUGCAUGUGGAUUUGUGGAUUUCUGUGGCAGGUGUGAUGCGUGUGCCACUGCGCUGGGUGCUGUGGGAUGUGAAAGAGACCCUGCUGAAGGUGCACAGGUCUGUCGGGGAGCAGUACUGCCAGGAGGCCAAACGAACAGCAGGUUUCAGUCUUAACCCUACAGAGGUAGAGGCUGCCUUCCACCAGUCCUUCCGCCAGUACUCCAAACUCUACCCCAACUACGGUACGGCCCAGGGCCUGGGGGGGAAGGCCUGGUGGAUGGGGGUGGUCCGGGACACCUUCUCCCAGUGUAGAGUACAGGACGCAGCCCUACUGGACACACUGGCCCACAACUUGUAUCAUGGUUUCUGCAGCCCUGAUAACUGGGAGGUAUUUCCAGACUCAGCGAAGACCCUGGAGAGCAUCUCCUCCCUGGGACUGAAGCAGGGUGUGGUGUCCAACUUCGACAAUCGCCUGGAGGGGAUUCUACGAGGCUGUGGCUUGCUGUCUCACUUCAGCUUCCUGCUCACCUCAGAGGAGGCCGGGAUAGCCAAGCCUGACCCAGCAAUCUUCCACCAGGCACUAGAGAAAUGUGGCGUAACAGCCGCGAGUGUAGCUCACAUUGGGGACCAUUAUGUCUAUGACUACGUGACCUCUCGGUCGCUGGGCCUCCAUGGGUACUUGUUGGACAGACAGGGCAGGGAUAAAUACCCUGAUGUUCCCCCACAGCAUCGAUUAAAGACCCUGGAGGAGCUACCUGCACGUCUCCAGCAAGAUAUGGACUAAAUGUUAUCUAUUACACAAGUAAACUCAAACAAACCGCACUGUGCCAACAUUUCACUGCACUUGACAUUAACGUAUAAAAAAGAAAAAUCCCAGCCUUACAAUCUAUGGCAGUGAGACUAGCCCUUAAAACUAUUAACAUAUGCAAUGAACUUUUUUAGAUUAUCUAAAGAUGUACAUAUCAUUUAUCUAACGUUUUCAUAAUUUAUUUCGCCAAUAUGCUUUAUGUCAAGUUGUGACACCCUCCAAUCAUUGGAUUAUGUUCAAUAAAUAAAAAUGCAUGUUCUGCA